UCCCGACACGGUCAUCCUAUAUCCGCUCACCCCUCCAAACAAUGUUAUCUAUGUUCCGCACGCCUCUAAAUCACUCACUGACUGCUGCAUCUCAGACUUUGGAUUGAUUCUACCAUCUACAGUUUGCCAUGGCGACGGUGGUGAUGGAGCAGAUUGGUCGCCUGUUCAUCAAUGCGCAGCAGCUACGUCAGAUCCCUCAGCUGCUGGAGUCGGCCUUCCCCACACUGCCUUGCACUGUGAAGGUGUCUGACGUUCCCUGGGUGUUCCGCGAGCGUCACAUCCUCACCGGCUACAGACAGCCGGACCAAAGCUGGCGCUACUACUUCCUCACCCUCUUUCAAAGGCACAAUGAGACCCUCAAUGUGUGGACCCAUCUGCUGGCUGCCCUCAUCAUCUUGGUGAAGUGGCAGGAGAUCUCUGAGACGGUUGAUUUUUUGCGAGACCCUCACGCUCAGCCUCUCUUCAUUGUCCUCCUGGCAGCCUUCACCUACCUCUCCUUCAGCGCCCUCGCCCAUCUCCUCUCUGCCAAGUCCGAGCUCUCCUGCUACACCUUCUACUUUCUCGACUAUGUAGGGGUCGCUGUCUACCAGUAUGGCAGUGCCCUGGCGCACUACUACUACGCCAUAGAGAAAGAGUGGCACACUCGAGUGCAAGGGCUCUUUUUACCCACAGCAGCAUUCUUGGCCUGGCUUACUUGCUUCGGCUGCUGCUAUGGCAAAUAUGCCAGUCCUGAGAUACCCAAGUUUGCCCUCAAGCUCUUCCAAGUGGUGCCCUCAGCCUUGGCUUACUGUUUAGACAUAAGCCCUGUGGUUCACCGCAUCUACAGCUGCUACCAGGAGGGCUGCUCCGACCCAAUUGUGGUGUACCAUUUCUAUCAUGUGCUCUUUUUCUUAAUCAGCGCCUAUUUCUUCUGCUGUCCUCACCCAGAGAGUUUGUUCCCUGGGAAGUGUGACUUCAUCGGGCAGGGCCACCAGAUAUUCCACGUGUUCGUGGUGGUGUGCACCCUGACGCAGAUCGAAGCACUGCGCACAGACUUCACAGAGCGCCGCCCCCUUUACGAGCGUCUUCAUGGCGAUCUCGCACACGAUGCCGUUGCACUCUUCAUCUUCACUGCCUGCUGCAGUGCUCUUACCGCUUUUUAUGUACGCAAGCGUGUACGUGCCUCUAUCCACGAGAAAGAGGAGUAACAAUUGAAUUGAGUUUUAAAAAAAAGAAAAGAAAAAAGAGGUCUAAUUUAUUUUACUCUGUAGUGACCGUUAAUUAAAAUAAUUCAGAUGUUUUUGUCAAUGAAAGUUAUCAGUUUGUGACAGUGACUUAUGACUAUGUCUUCUCUGUGAUUUGCCAAACUACAGUGAGCUAUAAAAGUGAUUUUUAAGGUUGUGUUUUUGUGACUUUCACUGAGGAAAAGGGAAUCUUGUAAUUUGUCGGUAGCAAUACAGGUAGUACUCAAACACUGCAAUGAGUCCUUGUAUCUUUAACUGCUCUUUUUAUUAGUCUGCAAGGUUUUUAUUUAGCCGUAGUCUAAAGGAAUGUUUUACUUUACAAUACAAAAAUACACUUUCUGUCAAGGUGAGCAGAAAACUAGAGACCGGUUUCUUAAGAUGCCUUUUUACCUUAUCACAUUCAGAAUAAUCUCACUGUCUUAAACAAAUUGUAGCAUUUCAAAUCAUGCAAGCAUUUAUUUUUUACAGUCUGCAGUCCCAUAACACUUUGUAUAUUGCAGUCAGACAAUUCCAAUCCAAUUUAAACUACGCAGGUAUUCUUACCUACCUUUCUGACACAUAACAUUUUUCUUCCUUUUGAUUCUGCCCCUCUCUUUACGGAUCAAAGCAGGAUUUUAUUUCUAAUUUAUCAAGGCAAAUGCAAAUGUUUGAACAUAUUCUGGGAAUGUUGAGAACCCAAUUUGAAAACCAAAUAUUGUACCUCAUAUUAAAAAAAAAGGAGAUGUUUUUUUUCUGUGGGUGAUACCAUUCUGUUGAAAAUGAGGCUGGCACUCAGUAUUGGUAAAGAGAUGGAUGGUAGAUUACUGAUGUCUUUGUUGUUGUGACAGUGUUAAUCUUUUUUUUAUUCAAAGGGCUGGAACUUCAGCUUUUGCCUUUUCACAUCCCAUGAUAUCAGUGCUUUUGCGUGCGUUGUUUUCAUUGUUGGUUGAACAGAUUUGAGACACAAAAAGCUGUGUCUGACUGGUGUUCUGCUUUUGGUAUAUUUUGUUUUCGUAUGAUAAAUAUGUAUGUGCCUCUACGCAUGUCUUUUGGUAUAUACUGUGGAUAUUAAGUGUGUGAAUGUCUAUGAAAGCUUAGCCCUCCACUUCUUUCUUACCCUGUAAAUAAGCUGUUUUUCUCUACAAAGUCGUUUGCAUCCCAUUUUCUCUUUAUCCAAUACCAUUCAGACCUGAAUGCAGUUUUUCUUCUGGUGCAAUAUGGCACACUCCUGUUGUGCUGUAUCCUUUCAGAGUGUUCUUUAUGUUCAGUGUCCUCCUGCCUAUCAGAUUUUAUUGGUUAUGAAUACACCAUUUCAUAUUGCUGCACUGUAACUCUGAAGAGACCCUUUAUUUUACUUCUUUUUUUUUUUUACUUUUGUCAUCACGCAGAUAUGGCUCACUGGUUGCUUAGAUUUCUAUCUCGCAAACUUUUAAAUGUCAGAAAUGAUCUAUAUUCAUUGCAGCACUCUCUGUUCAUGAUGGUGUUUAAUGUGCCAAUGAAUCUGUUAUUGCUUCAGUGAUGGUACUACUGAAAGAUAAAUUCAGAGACAGAAUGUCAGAAGUGACAAGUUGAUUUUUAAAUGAUGUCUUGACCUGACUGCAGACAUGUUACCGGUGAGAUUUAACCUCAACUCCCCUAAAUAUGAACCUUCUAACUGCUGACUUUGGCACUACUGACCUGGUUUCAUCAUGCACUGCCUGAAUCAACACUGUACAUACUGUAGCUGACAACACUGGCUAUGUUUACAUGCAUGGAGGUGUAUGCUAUUGAUGUGGUUAUUCUGGUUCUGUGUUGAUUCUCGAAAAUGUCAUAAUGCAGAGUAACCCGUACUCCAGUUCAGGGACACCUCGUAAAACACUUCCCUUUUUGAGCAACAAAUGAGUUGACAACAAAAUUGAAACUCAUGCAUGAGACUCAUUUUGCACAUGUAGUCUAAUGCUUCAGUGAGUUUUUUUUUUUUUUACAGGCUGAUCAUAUCAAAUUGGCAAAUGAAGCCUGUAAGUCUCACAUCAGCCCUGGCUGUGACAUAAGGUUAUUGUCCUCAUCAUCAAAGGGACCAAAAUGAUUAAAACUGGGAUUAUAAUUUCUUUCCCCUGUGUUAGAGAUAACUCAGUAUUGUUCAAACAGGGAGGGAGCAGCUGGAAAGUAUAACCCUAUCCCUUUUAAUAAUUAGAUUGUUGGUGCAACAUGGAUACUAAAGAUAAUCGAAGUUGCUGCCAAUUAAACAUGAUGAAGAUCUUAACUGGAAUAUGGCUACCAGUGUGUGUGUGUGUGUGUGUGUGUGUGUGUGUGUGUGUGUGUGUGUGUGUAAACGUAGCCUCUGAUGCCACCCAAGGUUUCCUUUUAUCCCUUUAUGAAAGCAGGGUGAGAGGGACCAGAAUGUCUUCUGCCUCUGAAAAUAUGAAAUAUGUGUGGCUGACUGUACUAAUAUUCU